ACAAAAUCAUGAAAUAAACUAGUUCAGUUAACUCGUUCCCAUUCGAUGCCCUGGAAAGUCGCCGAAUAAAAACAUAAUUAAUAAUCAACAUGAAUAAUGGAAAUAUUAAACGUUUACCAAAGAAACCAAGCGUCUCCAAAAAGCCAGAUGUUACUGUGUCUUCACCCUUGGCAAAGUAUGACUCCUCAGGAACUUUGACCUGUAUAAUUUGCAGGAUUCCCAUCAAGCCCAGCGUUUGGAAAGUGCACAUCAACUCAAAGCAACACAAAUUGAAUGUUGAUCAAGCCAAGCAGAACAAGAUAGAAAAGCCUGUUAAUACUACUAGCCCCAAGGAACCGUCAGCCAAAUCUUCUAUUGCUCCCCCUCUGGUCGUCCAAUCCAGCACUCACCAAGAUAAAACUCCACAGACGGGGCUGGAGAAGAAUCCUCCUAUCAUUCAAGAGAAACCCCCUCAGACAAACACGAACAGCAAGCCAGCUAUUGAAUCUGUUUCCGAAAAAUUGCCAGAAAAGUUCUUCGACGAGGAUAAAACCAGCAAAUCUGAAGCCGCUCGUCUUCAGGACGAGGAAUGGCAGCGCUUUCAACAGGAGAUUAAGAGAGCUGCCACAGAAUCCAGUGUUAUCGUAGCCGACGAACAGGAAGACAUCAAUCUCAAGAGACACAUCAAGGAAAUAGACGAACAGAUUGAUAAUUGGAAGAGAUUCAUCAAAAUAAAUGAUCAGAAAACAUUGCUCUUGAAUAAAAAGCGGAAAGUUAACCCCAAAGUAGAAAUAUACCCUGAAUUAAGUUCUAGUGAGGAAGACUGCAGUGUAGAUGAUUUGUACGAUUGGAGAACAAAGAACCUGCACAGAUAAAAAUUAAAAUGUUACUGUUAAAAAACUAAAAUUCGCUUUUGUUAUAUUUUAAUGAAUAAUCGAAGGGGACUAAUACAAGGAUACUAAAAUAUGAAACAAACCAGAUAAUAUUCUCAAAGGAAUUAUCAAAAAUGUAGUUUAGUAUGAGUAAAAGUUUUGUUAUUAAAAAGCAUCGCAGAUUUUUUAGCCUUUUCUUUAAAAUUAAUUCUUUGCCAUCAUUAAAUCAUUGAAUGAAUAAAAGUAUCCAAAAUCUAGUUUCCUUUGUAUAAAUAAUUUUUAUAAUUGAUUUUAUUUAAUACUUUUGUGGUCUAAUCAGCUAUACAAAGCUGAUAUCAAUAGAAAAUAUAUUUAACCCUAGAGUCAAUUUAAGAAAUAAUUAAAUCAAAAUAUUAGAAUCAAAGUUA